AUGAAUAAAACCAUAGAUUUCUCUCUCCCUCCAGGUUUCAGGUUUCAUCCCACUGAUGAGGAGCUUAUGUUCUAUUUGAAGAACAAGGUUUCUUCUUCAACCAGUCAACUAGCCUCCUUAAUAGCUGAUACCGAUCUCUACAAACUGAAUCCAUGGGAACUUCCUGAUAAGGCCUACUUCGGCGACAGUGAAUGGUUUUUUUUCAGUCCCCGUGAUAGGAAGUAUCCCAAUGGUGUGCGUCCCAACAGAACAGCUACGUCUGGCUAUUGGAAAGCUACAGGAAAGGACAAGCCAAUCCUUUCUUCCCUUGCAUCGCGGUGUGUUGGUGUGAAGAAAGCUCUUGUGUUUUACAAAGGUCGCCCCCCGAAAGGCACAAAAACUGAAUGGAUGAUGGAUGAGUACAGACUUCUCAACACUAGCCAUCAAUGUACCACGAAUAAAAGAUCAAUGAGAUUGGAUGACUGGGUUUUAUGCCGUGUUCGCCACAAGAGCUAUAUCCCAGAAUCUGGAAAGCAUAAUGGUGGCAGCAGCAGCAGCUUUGAAAGUCCUCUGCCUUGUGAUCUUGAGGAGCAUGGAGAAGAAGAAGAAGAUGAUGAAAAUUAUACAAACAAUAACACUAAAAAUAUGGAUCAUCUUAAAGAUUAUGGAAUCAUAUUCCAAGAAAGUGAAGCAGCAGUAAAUGGAAAUGGACAGCAAGACUUAGAGGGAUGGACUUAUAAACAACCCUCUAUGUCUAAUGGGAAUUAUGACAUAAAAAUGAAUUCCUGUGUAAACGAUGCUUUGGAAACAAUCAAACGAGUGCUUUCUCUGGGAGCUUUAGAUGAACAAGAACAGUCGGAAUGCCCAAACAAGAGAUCGUGUUAUCUCUCUACAUCCAGAGCAGGUUUAGCCUUAGCAGUUGGCAUAGCAAUGGUAGCAGCGGCCUUAGGCUUGGCAGCAGGAGCUGGCUCCUUCGCAGUAGAUUUGGAAACAGAAUGGAUCCAGUUCUCCCAAAAAAGGCAGCAUUGCAGAUUUGGCAGUAGACCUCCGCCUCUAGUCGCCUCGCUAAUCCGUUUACAGCAAGCCUGGGCAAGUCUUGGAGCGGACGCCACCGGUUGUUGGGAGCUGUGUUGCCGGCGAUGA